AUGCGUACCUAUAGCGAGCCAGUAACCAAAGUAGAACUAACCACUGUUACUCAAAUUUGGACAGAGCUCUAUGAAGACUUACAUGUACAGACCGAUGAAAGUGCCUUUGAAACCUCUCCAAGUAUUUCUACAUUUCCGCCCGCUGAUUGGUUGUGGGACCCUGUCACGUGGUCAUGGUGGGAGAUACUUCAGACCGUGUUUGCUUUGUUGGGCGUGAUCGGGAACCUGCUCGUCAUGGUGGUUCUGUUUCAGAGGAGGGCAUCGAGAAGGCCCGCGGACACACUUAUUGGCGCCCUCGCAGCGGCUGAUCUUCUGACGUCACUAUUUAUGUUUCCACACUCGACGCCACGAAAAGUACCUGGAACGGUCUUCGGGAAUUUCGUCUGUAAACUAUUUAAGUCGUCUGCUCUUCUAUGGGUAUCCUGCUCUGCAUCGAUAUUCACACUGACCGCGAUAUCGAUUGAACGUUGCAUAGCCGUUGUGUAUCCGCUCAGAGCAAAACGAUUAUUAACACGCCGUCGGGUUGUGAUAAGUAUCGUUGUAAUUUGGUUGUGCUCUCAUCCGUAUAAGGAUGGCAGUGCUAGUGGCAGUAUGCAUGAGCUUCUUCUUCACACCUUCCUGUCGAUGUAUAUCGUCGAGUGA